AUGAAGGGAACAGCCAAUGUAAGUUCUCCAGAAGUCUUCAUACUCCUGGGCUUCUCUGCACGACCCUCACUAGAGCCCAUCCUCUUUGCAGCUGUCUCAGUAUUUUAUGUGGUGUCCAUUGUGGGCAAUGUUGUCAUCAUUUUGGUCUCCUGUGUGGAUGUGCAUCUCCACACCCCUAUGUACUUCUUUCUUACUAACCUCUCCCUCCUGGACAUUUGCUUCACCACAAGCAUUGUCCCACAACUUCUAGUCAACCUCUGGGGACCACAGAAAACCAUAAGCUACAGAGGCUGUGUGGUCCAGUUCUACAUCUCCCAUUGGCUGGGUGCCACCGAGUGUGUCCUCCUGGCGGUCAUGUCCUAUGAUCGCUACGCUGCCAUCUGUAGGCCACUCCACUAUGCUGUCAUCAUGCCUCCACAGCUCUGCCUUGGCCUGGCCUUGGCCUCCUGGCUCGGGGGUCUGACCACAAGCAUGGUGGGCUCCACCCUCACCAUGCUGCUGCCACUGUGUGGGAACAAUUGCAUUGACCACUUCUUUUGUGAGAUGCCCCUCAUUAUGCAGCUGGCUUGUGUGGACACCAGCCUCAAUGAGGUGGAGAUGUACCUAGCCAGCUUUAUCUUCGUGGUCUUGCCUCUGGGUCUCAUCCUGGUCUCCUAUGGCCAUAUUGCCCAGACUGUGCUGAAGAUCAAGUCAGCAGAAGGGCAGAGAAAGGCAUUCAACACCUGCUCAUCCCACGGGGCAGUCGUAUCCCUGUUUUAUGGGAGCAUCAUCUUCAUGUACCUCCAGCCAGCUAAGAGCAAUUCUCAUGAGCAGGGCAAGUUUAUAGCCCUCUUCUACACCGUGGUCACCCCAAUGCUGAAUCCAUUGAUUUAUACCCUGAGGAACAGGGAUGUGAAGGCAGCACUCAGGCACAAUUUUUUGGAGAACUGCUGUGUCUUUGCAGGGAAAUAA